CCUCUCGCUCAUCCCACGCUGCCAGAGCUGGAAGCAUUUUUUAACCCACCUCUGUGCUGUUCGGUCAGCUACCGACGCGGCGUCAGUCCUCCUGCUCAGCUCCCAGCCCGAGCAGCGAAGGAAGGACAAAAUUUACUUUCUUUCAGCAAGAUUUGAUUGUUAGAAGAGAAGGUGCAAUGGAAGUUCUGCGACCAACACUGAUAAGAAUUGGUGGAAGAAUUUACAGGAAAAACCAUAUUCAAGAGCAGGCGCACCAGAAUGAAGAAGAGGAAGACUUUUAUGCAGGUCCUGGGGAUGGUGCGGAUGAGCCCUGUGAUGCCUUUGUGGUGGAAGAGACUGAAAGAGGUUACCAGUGUGCUGUGGAUGUUCCUAGCCCACUGUACAAGUAUAUAAUAGGAAAGAAGGGAGAAACAAAGAAAAAACUAGAAACAGAAACCCGAACCUCCAUCAAUAUUCCUAAACCUGGAGUUGAAGGAGAAAUUGUGAUCACUGGACAGCACCGGAAUGGUGUUAUUUCAGCUCGUACGCGAAUUGAUGUUCUUGUUGAGUGCUUUCGCAAGAAACAACCCUUCACACACUUUCUGUCAUUUGCUCUCAACCAACUUGCAAUCCAGGAAAAGUUUCUACAGUUCAAGGAGGAAGUGUUGGAGCAGUGCUCAAAUGAUAUUGGGGUCAGCAGCAGUCUGUUCCAGAACCCAGCCAAGCUUCACCUAACUAUUGGGACACUGGCACUUCUGAAUGACCAGGAAAUCCGUAAGGCUCAAGAAAUCCUGCAGAGGUGUAAAGAAGACUUUGCUGACACAAUUGCUGGAGGCAAGCCGCUAACUGUGGAAAUAGCAGGUAUUGAGUACAUGAAUGAUGAUCCAGCCAUGAUGGAUGUUCUCUAUGCAAAAGUCCACAUGAAGGAUGGAUCCAACAAGUUGCAGCUAAUAGCAGAUAGACUGAUGGAUCGGUUUGUGGCCUCUGGGCUAAUGAUGAAAGAGUGGGAUCAGGUGAAACUCCAUGCCACUGUCAUGAACACCAUCUUCCGGAAAGACCCCAGUGCUGAAGACCAAAACAGCAAAACAGCAGCCAGAUAUUUCAAGGAGAGGGAGUCAUUUGAUGGCCGAAAUAUACUGAAGCUUUUUGGGAACUUCUGCUUUGGAGAAGUGCAGCUGAAUUCAGUCUACCUCUCUCAACGAUUCUCCACAGACAGCUCUGGUUACUAUGCAACAUCAGGGCAGCUCAAUUUCUCUUGAAGUGAAAAUUCAUCUGCUCCAUGGAUGUCAUCAGAACUGCAUAAUAUACAAUAUGAUGAGGAUUCAAAUGGGUCCUCUUAUUUGGACAGGGUCAUCCUGUCCUUGCGAGUCAACCUUAGAACAGCAAGUGUCAGCAUUUGCAUAUCCACCGUGAUCUGAGCCCACUGAAAAAACAGCCACAUGACCAAAUAAGUUAUUUUAUUUGGCUAGUAUUUUUAUAGAAAAUUUCACGCUGGAUAUAGAAGGAACAAUAGCAUUUAUAUUCAAAAGGCUUCAAGUCAGCUGAAAAUAAAUUCACAAGAGGCACCAACCCACAAUUCUUAAUAGCCCAGCUUCCCACAGAUAAGUAAUGUUAAUCAGCUGUGGCAUACUGGUGGCUUCUAGAACCAAAUCACUUUCCUUUUACAAAAUGUCCUUUCUCUGGUUGCCAAGAUAUGAUUAUUUCUCACCACAGGUAAUUUGGCAAGUAACUCUUCCCAAGGCUGAAAUAAUGAGGCUGUUCUCACAUGCAGCCUAAACCAGGCUAGGGACGCCCUGCCCGGGUUAAGCUGUGCAUGAGAACUGCCAGGAUUGGGCCCGAUCCCAGCAGGGCAGCACCGCCUACCCCCACUAUUCACCCCGGCUGUUAGCCGAAGUUAAGGGAGUAAGCACUCCCUUACCCCUGGCUACUUGCAAGCAUGGGCUGCUUCCAGCCCAGUCACACACAGAGAUGGGCGUCUAGAGUGCCUGUCUCUUCGGGGACUCACCCAGGUCCAGGUGGACAUUCAUGUCCAGGUGGACAUUCAUGUCCAGGUGGACAUUCAUGGGAUUCAUGGAGGCCAGGAUAAUGAGUCCUGGCCUCAGAUCAAUCCAUCCUGCUCUGCGCUGCACGGAGCAGGGCUGAUCCUGUGGGAGCGCGGAGUGCACUCCCAGCAACAAAACGACGAAUGGGGGAAAGGUAGGUCAUGUGAAGGGCCCAAUCACUAACACUCUUACCGCUAUCUUUGGCAGAGAGAGAGAGGUUUCUGCACGAGGGAUCAGUUGCAUCAUUUGGACAGUUGUACCAAAUUGGUUUUAUUUCUCAGAAUUCUGAUAGACAGAAAAGAUGUGCACUUGUCAGUUGUUAGGUCCGGAGCUGUGGUAUACACGUUUUACUGCUUCUCAGCGAAGGAUCACCAUUGUCUACAUUCAGCAGUCCUGGCAGCAUAGUUAUCUUCAGCAGAGGGGGGAUUGGGUUUACUGGCUCAGCCAAGACCUUUUGCCUUGGGUUGGUACCUGAAAGUGUCUUGCUCAUGGUAGGCAAUAUGGCGAAGGGGCACAUUUACGAGUUUGCUUUCUUCUUCUUGUGGCACAGAAAUUUUUAUUUUAAUGAUCACUCUUCGAAUAUGGAGCCACUGUGCUCCUGUUGUACCUUUUCUUCUCUCACUGGCUGCCUGAUGUCAUUACCUGCACUCUUCAGCUACUAAGAGCCUCUUUUGAGGCUCUUAGGCACUCAUGGACUUGACUUUGCCAGUCACCUAGAGGAGCACAGGUGGAAUGAGUUGAGGUCUCAUCCUGAGAGUGCUGCACUCCCACAGACAGAAACUUUCAUUACUUUUGCAGAGGUGUUCAGUUCACCAAAAUAUGAGCCCUUUUGGAUCUUCCCCUGCCACAAGCAGUGGCUGUGAGGGAGGGCUUUUUGGAUGGGGUGUGUGUGUGCUCAGCUUGUUCACCAAAAAGAGGCCUCUCUUCUGCCACGAAAAGGAAAGAAGUACAUCUAAAAGCUCCUUGACAUUUUUAUUUUUAACAACAGUAACCAAGAUGCUGUUUAUGCACUUAGCAAUACACUUCAUGUUGAAUAUUAAAGCCUUAGAAGGACAUGAGUACUAUUUUUAUUCUUUGUUGUCUGCAGUUUCCUCUUAGAAGCUUUUUCAAUAAAUUUUCUUUCCUGA